GGAUCAUGAGGCGCCUUCUAUCGUAUAGGUCGAAGGCGUUUGAGGCGGCAAGGCACUCAAUGCGGCCUUCUUUAGUGGUGAUGAGGCUCUUCACAACACAGCCGGUGACUUCUCGUAUACACGGUUCUGGUCGGUGGCGAAAGUAUGCCCCUGAUGGAGGUAGCGGCAGCUGGUUGUACGGCAAGGUUAAGAAGGAGACGGAUAAGCGAACCAGGAGUGUGAAUACGUCCUUCCUAUGGCUGUCGUCGGGCGUAUUUAUGUUUGGUAUGUGUUUUGUAGCCGUACCACUAUACGACAUGUAUUGCAAGUCCACAGGGCAAGGGUCCACUGGAGGGUUUGCAACAGUAGGGCAUAAAGAAUACAAGCCGCCUCCUAAGGAGGGUGAGGCGAGCAAGAGAGUUAUCAAAAUCACUUUCGCUGGUGCUGUUCAGAGCACAUUGAAGUGGGACUUCUAUCCGGAGCAACGAUCAGUCUAUGUCACUCCUGGCGAGACGGCCUUGGCAUUCUUCCGAGCUAAGAAUAGGACCAAUAAGCCCAUCAUAGGAAUGUCUACGUAUCACAUGCUGCCACUAGAAGCUGGGCUCUACUUCAACAAAAUACAAUGCUUUUGUUUCGAUGAGCAAUUGCUCGGACCUCACGAGGAGGUGGACAUGCCUGUGUUCUUUUUCAUCGACCCUGACAUUAUGGACGAUCGAAGGAUGGACCAAGUGGACGAAAUUACGUUGACGUAUCUAUUCGGUCCGACUCAGUCAGAGAUCCCCGAUGAGUACGAAGACUUGCAGCCUGAGAUACAGACACGCAGACUGGGACAACCGACCACUGCAAUGCCUAGUAUAUUACCAGCCGACAGGCCAGAUCCUAACCGUGCAGUGUAAUGAUGACGAUAACAACCGCGCACGCCAUGGUGAUCGAUUUCUAUCAUAGAGAGAGGCCCUACCCUCUCUCUAG